UUUAUCAGAAUGGCUCUAAUAGUGCUCCUCAAGACUGUGACAGAGCUCAGGGGCAAAGGGGACCGCAUUGCGAAAGUGACAUUCAGAGGACUUUCCUUUUAUACCAGAGUGCUGGAAAACUGUGAAGAUGAGGCCAGAUUUGAUGAGACUUUCCGUUGGCCUAUUGCCAGCAACAUUGAUGGAAACGAGAUGCUGGAAAUCCAAGUGUAUAACUACAGCAAAGUCUUUACCAACAGGCUUAUAGGAACGUUCCGUAUGGUAUUACAGAAGGUGGUAGAAGAAGCCCAACUGGAGGUGACAGACACUCUCAUUGACGACAAUAACUCUGCAAUCCGGACAAGCGUCAGCAUCGAGCUUCGCUAUCAGACUAUGGAUGGUUCAGUUGGAGCUUGGAAUGACGGAGAGUUCUUAGACAACUCAAACCUGCGAUCUGAGACUGAUGGAAAUUUCCAAUUUGAAACAGAUAGUCUGCUCUCUGGUCACAGUCAGACCUCAGCAGUGUCUCCUGGAAGAUCCCACCACAGUCUGCUCUCUGGAGAAAGAGCCUUCAGAAGAGUUGGCAAAGGGGUAUUUUCAGCGAUGAAACUUGGAAAGAUGCGUCCACCCAAGGAGGAGACCAGGCGGCAAGAUGAACCAGCCGUUCUUGAGACUGAAGACCUGGACAGGAAAGCAAUAAGACUCGGUGGGGGACUGGACCCAGACAGCAUAUCCCUGGCCUCUGUCACAGCGGUCACCACAAAUGUGUCAAACAAAAGAUCAAAGCCUGACAUUAAAAUGGAGCCAAGCGCUGGGCGUCCCAUGGAUUACCAAGUCAGUAUUACAGUGAUAGAGGCCCGGCAGCUGGUGGGAUUGAACAUGGAUCCUGUGGUUUGUGUAGAGGUUGGAGAGGAGAAAAAGUACACAUCUAUGAAGGAAUCAACCAAUUGUCCCUAUUAUAAUGAGUACUUUGUGUUUGACUUCCAUGUACCUCCAGAUGUAAUGUUUGACAAAAUCAUCAAACUGUCAGUUAUUCACUCCAAGAACCUCCUGCGCAGUGGCACCCUAGUGGGCUCUUUUAAGCUGGAUGUUGGCACAGUUUAUACACAACCAGAGCACCAGUUUUAUCACAAGUGGGCUAUUUUAUCAGACCCUGAUGACAUCACUGCAGGGGUGAAAGGUUAUCUCAAGUGUGACGUUGCUGUAGUUGGGAAGGGAGAUAACAUUAAGACUCCACAUAAGGCCAAUGAAACAGAUGAGGAUGACAUAGAAGGGAACUUGCUACUUCCUGACGGUGUGCCCCCAGAACGCCAGUGGGCGCGGUUCUACGUGAAGAUCUACCGUGCAGAAGGUUUGCCCAGGAUGAACACCAGUAUCAUGGCUAACGUCAAGAAAGCGCUAAUAGGAGAAAACAAGGAUCUGGUGGAUCCGUAUGUGCAAGUCUCAUUCGCUGGUCAAAAGGGCAAGACAUCUGUCCAGAAGAGCAGCUAUGAGCCCAUGUGGAAUGAGCAGAUCAUAUUUACAGAGAUGUUCCCACCACUGUGCAAGAGAAUGAAGAUACAGAUCCGUGACUCAGACAAAGUGAAUGAUGUCGCUAUUGGAACCCACUUCAUCGACCUUCGUAAAAUCUCCAAUGAGGGAGACAAAGGCUUUCUUCCUACGCUGGGCCCAGCCUGGGUUAACAUGUAUGGUUCCACUCGCAAUUACACACUUAUGGACGAGCAUCAGGACUUGAAUGAAGGACUCGGUGAGGGAGUCUCAUUCCGUGCUCGGCUCUUGCUAAGUCUUGCUGUAGAAAUAUUGGAUACGAGUUCUCCAGAGCUCACCAGCUCUACAGAGGUCCAGAUCGAAGGAGCUGCCCCAGUUGCUGAUAAUUGCACUGGAAAAAUGGAGGAAUUUUUUCUUUUCGGGGCCUUUUUAGAAGCUACAAUGCUUGAUCGCAAAAUUGGAGACAAACCAAUAAACUUCGAGGUCACAAUAGGUAACUAUGGGAAUCAGAUUGAUGGCACAACCAGGCCCAACCUAAGAAAGAGGAAGGAUGGAGGUGAGGGGGUCGAGGAAGAAUCAGAAUUGCUUCAGAACUCUAGCGAAGAUGAAGGGGAUGAGGAUGGAGAGGUUUUAUCAAUUUCCUCAACUCCAACCUUGAAACCACUUAUAACUGACAGGAAUUAUUUCCACUUGCCAUACUUUGAUAAGAAGCCCUGCAUCUACAUAAAAAGCUGGUGGCAGGAUCAAAGGAGAAGACUAUACAACGCCAACAUCAUGGACAAAAUUGCCGACAAGCUGGAGGAAGGGUUAAAUGAUGUUCAUGAGAUGAUAAAAACAGAGAAGCCGUACCCAGAGAGGCGAUUACGUGGUGUGCUUGAGGAGCUGAGCUGCAGCUGUUUCCGCUUUGUUACUCUCGCUAACAAGGACAAUAACCAGAAUGGAAGAACAAAACUAGACCGGGAGAGGCUGAAGUCCUGUAUGAGAGAGCUGGAAAACAUGGGGACACAAGCCAAGACCAUGAGAUCUCAAGUCAAGAAAAACACAGUGAAGGAUAAACUCAAACUGGUCCAGAACUUCUUGCAAAAGCUGCGCUUCUUGGCAGAUGAGCCUCAGCACAGCAUACCGGAUGUCUUCAUCUGGAUGAUGAGCAACAACAAGCGCAUUGCGUACGCUCGUAUCCCUUCCAAAGAUAUUCUCUACUCUAUUGUAGACGAGGAAACUGGCAAAGACUGUGGAAAAGUCAAAUGUGUCUUCCUCAAGCUGCCUGGUAAGAGAGGCUUUGGCCCAGCUGGUUGGACUGUACAAUCCAAGAUGGAAGUCUACCUGUGGUUAGGCCUCAACAAGCAGCGCAAAGAUUUUCUCUGUGGUCUUCCUUGCGGAUUUGAGGAGAAUAAGGCAGUAAAAGGACCAGGUCUUCAGUCGUUCCCACCCAUCAGCCUCAGCUAUACAAAGAAACAGGUCUUCCAGCUGCGCGCUCAUAUGUACCAGGCGCGGAGCUUGUUUGCUGCAGAUAGCAGUGGGCUUUCUGACCCCUUUGCCCGUGUUUUCUUCAAUACACAAAGCCAGUGCACAGAGGUGCUGAAUGAAACUCUCUGUCCAACCUGGGACCAGCUGUUGGUGUUUGAUAACGUGGAGCUUUACGGUGAAGCCAAUGAGUUGCGAGACGACCCACCCAUCAUAGUCAUAGAAAUCUAUGACCAAGAUACAGUAGGGAAGGCUGACUUUAUGGGCAGAACCUUUGCUAAACCUGUAGUGAAAAUGUCUGAUGAAGGAUACUGUGGCCCUCGCUUCCCCCCACAACUGGAGUAUUACCAGAUAUACCGAGGCAACUCUACUGCAGGAGACCUGCUGGCUGCUUUUGAGCUUCUCCAGAUCGGAGUAGGAGGAAAAUCUGACCUGCCACCAAUUGAUGGUCCAACAGACUUGGACAGAGGCCCUAUCCUUCCAGUCCCACUUGGUAUCCGACCUGUGCUGAGCAAAUACAGAGUGGAGAUUCUCUUCUGGGGAUUGAGGGAUCUCAAGAGAGUAAACUUAGCCCAGGUAGACAGACCCAGAGUUGAUAUUGAGUGUGCUGGACGGGGGGUCCAGUCUGCAUUGAUCCAAAACUACAAGAAGAAUCCUAAUUUUAGUACCCUUGUGAAAUGGUUUGAAGUGGAUCUGCCAGAGAAUGAACUGUUGCACCCUCCCUUGAAUAUCCGCGUAGUGGACUGCAGGGCGUUUGGCAGAUACACACUGGUUGGGUCACACGCUGUGAGCUCCUUAAGGAAAUUUAUCUACCGCCCUCCUGAUAAGAAAUCACAGCAGUGGAACACAGCAGGUGAAAUAGUUGUCAAUAUGGAGCCGGAAGUUCCUAUCAAGAAAAUGGAAACAAUGGUGAAGCUGGAAGCGAAUUCUGAUGCUGUUGUUAAAGUAGAUAUGACUGAGGAAGAGAAAGAAAAAAAGAAAAAGAAAAAGAAGGGAGAGGAAAUUGAAGAGGAGGAACCAGAUGAAAGCAUGCUGGACUGGUGGUCAAAAUACUUUGCUUCCAUAGAAACCCUCAAAGAGCAACUGCGCCAACAGGAAGCUGCAGCUGCAGAAGCGGAGGAGAAAGAAGAGAUGGAAAUUGCAGAAGGCUCCAAAGGUCAAACAAAGAAUAAGGAGAAAAUUAAAGUUCCCAAAGAGGACAAGAAGAAAAAGCAACAAGCCGAGCAGGCUGAGAAGAAGAACAAGCAGAAGAUCGAUGAGCUUAAGGUUUACAAUAAGGAAUUAGAGACGGAGUUUGACAAUUUUGAAGAUUGGCUUCAUACCUUCAACCUUUUACGGGGAAAGAUCGGAGAUGACGAUGACACUGUUAGUGAAGAGGAGCGAAUUGUUGGAAGAUUUAAAGGCUCCAUGUGUGUAUAUAAAGUUCCAUUACCCGAUGAUAUUACCAAGGAAGCUGGCUACGACCCAAACUUUGGAAUGUUCCAAGGCAUUCCGAAUAAUGACCCAAUUAAUGUACUGGUUAGGGUAUAUGUUGUCAGGGCUACAGACCUCCAUCCUGCUGAUAUUAAUGGAAAAGCAGAUCCAUACGUUGUUAUCAAACUGGGGAAAACCGAGAUCAAAGACAAAGAGAAUUACAUCUCCAAACAGCUGAAUCCUGUAUUUGGAAAGUCAUUUGAUAUAGAGGCCACUUUCCCAAUGGAGUCCAUGCUGACUGUUGCUGUGUAUGAUUGGGACUUGGUAGGAACUGAUGAUUUGAUUGGAGAGACAAAGAUUGACCUGGAAAACCGCUACUACAGCAAGCACAGGGCCACAUGCGGUAUCUCACAGAACUAUGCCAUUCACGGGUAUAAUAUGUGGAGAGACCCUGUAAAACCCACACAGAUCUUGUCUAAACUUUGCAAAGAAGGCAAAAUCGAUGGACCACAUUUUGGACCUGGAGGAAGAGUGAAGGUCACAAAUCGUGUGUUUACUGGACCAACAGAAAUUGAAGAUGAAAAUGGUCAGAAGAAGCAGACAGAUGAACACCUGGCGCUCUCUGUUCUCCAUCACUGGGAAGAAAUCCCUCGGGUGGGAUGUAAACUUGUUCCUGAGCACGUAGAAACACGGCCGUUGUUAAACCCAGAUAAACCUGGCAUUGAACAGGGCCGUUUAGAGAUGUGGGUUGAUAUGUUUCCAAUGGAUAUGCCUGCCCCAGGUCCUGCUAUAGACAUCUCUCCGAGGAAGCCAAAAAGAUACGAGCUUAGAGUGAUAAUAUGGAAUACAGAUGAGGUAAUCCUGGAGGAUGAUGAUUACUUCACUGGAGAAAAAUCUAGUGACAUUUUUGUCAGGGGGUGGCUAAAAGGACAACAGGAAGACAAACAAGACACAGAUGUGCACUAUCACUCUCUUACUGGGGAGGGAAACUUCAACUGGAGGUUUCUCUUUCCUUUUGAUUACCUGGUGGCUGAGGAGAAAAUUGUCAUCUCCAAGAAAGAAUCUAUGUUCUCCUGGGAUGAGACAGAGUAUAAAAUCCCAGCCCGUCUUACCAUGCAAGUCUGGGAUGCCGACCACUUCUCCGCAGAUGAUUUUCUAGGUGCAAUUGAGUUAGAUCUAAAUCGGUUUCCCAGGGGAGCAAAAACAGCAAAGCAGUGUUCAAUAGAUAUGGUGGCACCGGAGGUGGACCUGCCCAUGGUUUCUAUCUUCAAACAGAAGAGGGUGAAAGGCUGGUGGCCUUUUGUUGCUAGAAAUGAAAACGAUGAAAUGGAACUCACAGGUAAAGUGGAGGCAGAGUUGCAUCUACUCUCUGCAGAAGAGGCUGAGAAGUGUCCUGCCGGGUUGGGUCGGAAUGAGCCAGACCCACUUGAAAAACCAAAUCGGCCCGAUACCUCAUUCAUUUGGUUCCUUAACCCGCUUAAGUCCAUCAAGUACCUCAUCUGUAACCGUUACAAGUGGCUCAUCAUUAAGAUUGUCCUAGCCUUAUUGCUGCUAGCCAUGGUGGCUCUCUUCCUGUACAGCAUGCCUGGCUACAUGGUCAAGAAGCUAUUGGGAGCAUGAGGUGACAUCAAGUGGAACCUAUGGCAGCAUCUGUGCUCCCUUCAAAGUUUUGUCUCUUCCAUCUCAGACUGUGGAAUUUUGUGAUGGGUUUUAUAAGCACAUCUGUACUGUGUGAUUUUUUUUUCCUAACAGGAAACAGGUUAGAGGGAGAGUUUUUAGCAGAUCAAUAGACACAAGUCUAUGCAUG